CGCGAGAUUUGCCGCUCAAGGCGCGCCCGGGCGAGACUGCGCCCACCAAAGGAUCGCGAGAGCUGGGCAAGGGGUGGUCCCCAACUGACGUCAGCCUUGGUUACGGCCGAGCGUCGCUGCGUAGCAACCGGGAGUAAAAUGGCAGGGUUGGUUCUCUGUGAGCCCACAGAGCUUUACAACAUCUUGAACCAGUCCACGAAGCUCUCCAGGUUAACUGAGCCUAACUAUCUCUGUUUACUGGAUGCCCGUACAAAGCGUGAGUACAAUGAAAGCCAUGUGAUUACAGCAAGAAGGGUUAAACAGAAUCCUAUGGGGGAAUAUCUGGUACCUGAAUCAGUUGAGCUGGAGUGUGUCAAAUAUUGUGUCGUGUAUGAUGGCAAAACCAGCUUUUUGGAUGAUACCUAUUAUGAUGAUUAUGAGGAGAAGGAGAAGGAUGAAAAGGGGACUAAAGCUGCCUCAGAGACCUCAAGAUCUAAAUCCAGUUCUUCAUGUUCACAAAAUGCUGAGGUAGGUGCUGCCAUCCAGUGUGCCAGAGUCUUAGAGCAAUUAACCCGCCACCCUGUCCGCAUCCUGAAAGGAGGGUAUGAGCGCUUCACUGCGUGCUACCAUUUCUUGAGGACUCAGAAGAUAUUCUGGAUGCCUCAGGAACUGGAUGCUCUUCAGCCAUACCCUGUAGAGAUAUUGCCCGGUCAGUUAUAUAUGGGAGAUUGCAGACAGGCCUGUGACCAACAGAUUCAGAAGGAUCUGAAAAUCAAAGCACAAGUCAACAUCUCAGAGGAGAUUGCAACACUUUUCACAGAUGAAAGCAAAACACUUCAUGUGUCUGUGGCAGAUUCCCCCGACGCAGAUCUUUUUUCCUUUUUCCCCACCAUUUGUCACUUCAUAGAUGCUCAGAUGGCUCUUGGAGCAGUUCUGGUUUUCUCUACCCUGGGUCUAAGUCGGAGCAGCACGGCAGUAAUGGCCUUCCUCAUGCAUUCAUCCCAUUAUCCCUUAAAGGCCCUUUCUGGCCACUCAACCACAGGUCAGCACUGGAGUUGGGUCCUGAGGCAGGGGAGGGCUAAGGGAACAAAGAUACCAAGGCUGCCCAAGGGGGCUUGGAAAUACAUCCAGAAAUGCAAAACAAACAUGAGACCAAACCGUGGCUUUGUGCAACAGCUGUCAGACUGGGAAAGCCAAAUCUAUGGGUCAGCGAUCACAGAUAUCUCCGAACCACAUUAUUGACAGGCAGCAAGGAGAGCAUCCAACAGGCAAAGAAGCUUUCCAUCUGUACCACUGUUUAAUUUGGGCUGUAUUGUUUGGGUAAGGUUUGACUAGAAUUGGUUGCUGUGAAUAAAAUAAUAAGAAUAAUAUAAUAACCUUAACCUUUA